UUCUUUUUUCGUUUUUUUCUGUUGAGUUCGAUGCUGGUUGCGAGAGUAUGGCGUAAGAAAAGAGACGGAAAAGUAGCUGAAACCUCAUAUGGCCGAAGCGGAUACUACUGCUUCAAAACUUGCGGAAUAAGAAGGUGCGGCCUCUCACGCAUUUUCCUCACUUUUCUCCGCAGUCUGUUCCGAAAUGGAAGUUGCCGACUGGGAAAUAAACGAAUGGGGGAACACAAAUGCCUUUUGAGCCAAUGCUGCUGCGGCUGCAGCCUGCGAACCGGCUCUCUGGCAAUCGGCAUCAUUGGAUUGGUGUUUGCGGCUCUCCACGCCAUCUAUGGCAUCUAUCAUGGGAUUAACGGAAUUUCUCAAGGAUGGGUGAACAUGGUUGUUGGAAUUCUCAAUGUCAUUCUGUGUGCAGUCUUGAUUCAGGGCAUCAGACUGGAGAAGCGAUCCAUGAUAAUGGUGUGGGUGUGGGUGCAGAGCAUCCUGAUAGCCAUCAACAUCAUCCUGGGAGUGAUCGAAAUCAUCCUGACUCUGAACUUCAUCGUCGCCAUUCUCCUCUUUAUCAUCAUGGGAAUCGCUGUUUACUGUGUCCUGGUCGUCCGGUCUUACGCUAUCUCGAUUUCAUCAGGCACCGGAGGAAUGGCCUAAUCACCACCAUUCUUCACCCAGGAAGAGACCAACCCUCCAGUUUCAGAAAUGGAAGAAGACCGCCUCCACAAUAUGAGUAACGGAACCAGCAUUUUGGCGACCUCGGGACAGAGAUUGUUGUUCAGAUUAUUUCACGUUCGAAAUAUUCUUUACAGCAUGCAUUAUUUUUCUAAUAGAGUUCUACCAGUAUAAUAGUAACAUUCAAAGUAUUUUUUAUAAAAGAUGAUGCGAGGUGUUUAGGAGUUUGACGCGGAAUAGAGCAACAUAAAUGCCUUCAAUCUAUUGUUCGGGAGAACCGGAAGCUAAAAUCAACAUGUUGGAUUUCAUUUUAUUCAGCUAUAUUGUUUACAGUACGGUUCAACAUUUCGUAAGGGAAAACAAACAUGUGCCAGAAAAAUUCGUUGGUUUCUUUUGGUUAAGGGAAUCAUCAUCAUUAGAAGGAAAACGAAUCUUGACCCGUAUAAGGGGUCACUAACACACACAUAAUAUAUAUAUAUAUAUAUAUAUAUAUAUAUAUAUAUAUAUAUGUGUGUGUGUGUGUGUGUAUAUAUAUAUAUAUAUAUAUAUAUAUAUAUAUAUAUAUAUAUAUAUAUAUAUAUAUAUCCAUUGAUGUACUUUUUUUUUUUUUUUAACAAAUAGCUAUUUGAAAUCAAAGAGGAUUCAGGUAAUUCGACUUAAAUCUUCUCACCGGCGUUAAGAAUUUCAGACGUUGUGUUCACUCAAACUCCUUUUAUUCUACUCUGCAUUUCACAGUAUUUCAUGUCUGUCUAAUUUUUUCUUAUUCACAAAUUCAUCAUUUCUAUCUUUUCAUCCUCCUCUUAGUACCAAAUUGAGGUCUUUGUCAAAGAGAAACAAAGUGUUAACAGACCUCUCUGUUGCUUAAAGUGUUCAAUAUAUGUUUAAGGUAUUAGUCUGCCAUAAUUCACUACGUAGUAGUUUUUCUUAUCAGCCAGAUGGCAGUGUAAGGCCGAUGCUUUGCGUGUGUCUGUGGUGGUCAAGCACUGCUGAAUCUGGUGUUGCAUUAUCGCUUUCCUAUUUCUCUCACUUCUCGUGUCCCUAAAGAUGUCAAACAAACGCUUGGCUAUGUGCCAAAAAUUUUAUAAUCUAAUCUAAUCCUAAAGAUGUCAUCCGUGUUCUCCUUAACAGAAAGUAUUUCACUCCUUGUCAAAUUGCAUUGUGAAAUAGAGAUUAGGACGUAACGUCCCGAAAUGAGAGAAGUUUGAAGGCUGAAUAUGGUGCAUCCUUUGUGGUUUCUUUUGAGACAACAUUACCAGACUUAUCUUGUCAAUUCCUGUGUUGUAACGAUAAUGGUCAUCUCACCUUCGGAAACCGUUUCCAACUCUUUCAGACGUCUGUCGGUGUAAGUUGGCCAUGAUUAGUUAGUUCAAGUAGAAUACUGUCAUUGAAUUUAGAUAUUAUUUUUUUAAUUUAGAUAUUUUGCCCUUAAUGUGAAGACGAUUAUGGACUGUGUAUGUGAAAGCACAGUUUCUCUCUCUUUUUAUUGAAUACGUGCUAUUUCUAUGCUGUGGACAGGUUUAAUCAAGCAAAAUAUCUGCAUAAUAAAGUGUUUUACUUU